GACUUCGAUCUCAUGCUCUCACCUCACCUAGACUUGCGAAGCGAUUUACUAUCACCGAGGCGAAAAGCUCAUCAGACCACUGCUUGGGAAACCGAGGAGGAUGCAAGGUACCCGGCACGUUAUCUCAUCAGGCAUCAAUGCCACCGAACCCGACCAUCCAAGCAAUAUUCCGGACGAAGCAGGUUUCGGCAUGGCUGAUGUCGCUAUGCGUGCGGGUGGAUAGCUAUUCUUGCUCCCUGAUACGUUUCUGCGACAUUCCAAGGAUAGCAGACAAACAACGACCUAUCACUUGCACGCAGUUCUCGUCCGACAGUGACCUUCAGCUUACAGACUGCGUCAUGUCCGCAGACGAGAGAUGCACAGUGUUUCAUAGUGCCGAAACCAACACGGUGAGUGUCAGUACACGACGAUUCGAGGCACGCUACACUCCUUCGGAUAGCCUCAUAACCCCGUAUGUUCAGCGGAACCGUACUAAAUUGUUCGCUCCAAUGGCCAUGGAAAUCAUAGCCCACGCAAGUACGUGCCCUUGAAUCUGGUCCGCCAAAUCUCUAGGAGAAUGCGGCGAUGACGCCAUCCGUCCUUCUCAACAUUCAUACAAGGGUUUGCAAAGGUCGCUUCCUUGCCUUAUGCUAUUCGGUAUUCGUUGCUUGUGUUCGGUUCAAUAUAACCGGCAACUUCCACUAUCGCAUGCGCACUGAUCAUCACGGAAGUGGGGACGAAGCAACAGAGACGGUCAGCGGAAAUGAACGCGGACGACUGACUAGAAUCACCGGUAUCACUGUUCAAGAAGGCAGCCUAAAUGAAUGCAUAGCCUCAGGCAUACGGUCCAACUUUGGUAUCGAUGCGCCAUACGCAGAGUCGAAAGUCCUUCACGGUGGACCACGGAUGCCAUUACUGCGCCCCCCAGUGAGACUACUGUCCCGCUAAGCCCGCUUGGGCUGCACACC